AUGGACGUAAGAUAAUUUGGGUAAUAAUUAACCAGACAAAUCUAAUCUCAUUAGAUCUUAACAUAGAGUGGAGACUUCUUGGAGAUCACUCCUCUGGGAGCUGGAUGUGAGGUAGGAAGGUCUUGCAUUUAUCUUGAGUGCAAAGGAAGUAAAAUCAUGCUUGACUGCGGACUGCAUCCUGGAAAAGAUGGAGUUUAAGCACUUCCUUAUUUUGAUAUCAUUAACCCAAAAGAACUUGACUUGAUACUCAUUACUCAUUUCCAUGUAGACCAUUGUGCUGGUCUUCCUUACUUUCUGGAAAAGACUGAAUUUAAGGGUAAGGUCUACAUGACUCAUCCAACUAAGUCUAUAUACAACUACGUAAUGCAAGAUUUUGUCAAAGUAAGCAAUAUUGCAAUUGAUGAGAAGCUAUUUGAUGAAAAUGACUUGAAAAAUACUUUGGAUAAGAUUUAUAUGCUUGAUUAUCAUUAGGAAGUUGAGGAGAAGGGUAUUAAAUUUAGUUGCUAUAGAGCUGGUCAUGUACUCGGGGCAUCUAUGUUCCUAAUAGAGAUCGAUGGUGUGAAGAUUCUCUACACUGGAGAUUACUCAAGAGAAGAAGAUAGGCAUUUAAAGCCAGCUGAGCUUCCUAAUUGUGAGGUAGAUGUUUUGAUUGUUGAGAGCACUUAUGGAGUAUAAAUUCAUGAACAAAGAGAUAAAAGAGAGGAAAGAUUUACUAAACUGGUACAUGAAAUUGUUAAAAGAGGAGGCAAGUGUCUUUUACCAGUUUUCGCUCUUGGAAGAGCACAAGAGUUGCUACUAAUUCUUAAUGAACAUUGGCAGAAGAAUCCAGAUAUAAGUAAAGUACCUAUCUAUUAUUCAGGUAGUUUGGCUUAAAAAUCUUUGACUGUUUUUCAAACCUACAGAAAUAUGAUGGGAGACUAGUUAAGAAUGGAGUUAGAAAGUGGAAACAACCCAUUCAAGUUUGAACCUAUUUCUAACUUUAAUGAUGAAUCCGAUUUACCAUUAGUAAUCAUGGCAAGUCCAGGUAUGCUUCAAAAUGGUUAAAGUAGAGAUCUAUUUGUUAAAUGGUCACCAGAUCCAAAAAAUGGCAUUGUAUUCACUGGUUAUAGUGUUGAGGGUACACUUGCUAAAAAUGUAAUGAACAGACCCAAAGUUUUGACUGUGAAUGAUGUGACUGUUGAGCUUAAGUUAUCAGUAGAAUAUAUAUCUUUUUCAGCUCAUGCUGAUUAUCAGCACACAUCUGAAUAUAUAAAACAACUUUAACCUCCCAAUAUUGUGUUAGUCCAUGGUGAUGCAAAUGAAAUGAAAAAGCUUUAGAACGAUCUUCAAUCAAGAUACAAGGAAAAAAUUAAAGUUUUGACUCCUAAAAAUUGUCAAUAAGUGAGGCUGAAGCUUAUUUCAAAAAAGUCCGCAAAAAUUAUUGGAUAGCUAGCUCGACAAACAGUAUAAAAUCUCCAAAAUCUAAAUCAGUCAAGCAACUUGGCUCUUACUCAGAUUGAUCGACCAUUGUCAAUUUAAAAUUAGGACAGUGAUGCUUAAAUGAUAGAUACUUCAACAGCCUUAACUUAAUAAAAUUAAGAUUAGCAAGACUCAAAUUAUGUCACUAUUGAUGGUAUCUUUAUCAAGUAAGACUUUGAUCAUUUGAUUUUGGAUGAAUCAGAGAUAGAUAAAUACACAACUUUAACUAAGUCAACUCUGAAGUAAACUCUUUUUAUUCCUUUCAAAUACGAUAUUCAAGUACUUAAUUACUAUCUUCAUUCCUAUUACUCUAAUAUCGAAGCAGAAGUUAAUAAGUUUAAAUCUGAAGAUAAGAAAUAUGAUGUCAGAUUCAGAGUUGAGGAUAUAUAGCUACUCUAUUUCUAGAGAGCUUAGAUGCUUUAAAUGGAUUGGAUUACCAGCCCAAAAAGUGAUUUGAUAGCUGAUUCUCUUAGUCUCCUUAUAUUGCAAGUGAAUGAAAAACCUACCCCUUAAUUGCUAAAUUUGAUGGAUCAAGUUGGAGAUGAAAGAUCUUACCAUGAAUUUGUUCAGAAAUUAUUCAUGAUAAUGAAACAUCAUUUUGAUUAGGUAGAAAUUGACCAAGAAAUGACUAACAUCAUUAUUGUACAUUCUGAAAAACAAGCAAUGAUCUAGUUAAGCACUAGAGAGGUAUAAGCAGAUGAUGAAAAUUUGAAAGAGGCUAUUAUUUUACUAAUAAAAAAUUUGGAAGAAGUACACGCCCCAAUAAAUCUGCAUCGCAUAUGA